GACCACGCCCCCUGGUAUUCGUCAGAUCAACGACACAGCGGGAAAUCAAAGGAGGUUUCAUUUCAGUCUCCAACGGCUCUGAAUUUUCUGAUCGUGCCUUGCACCACGUGAUCUUCAGCAGCCAAUCAUCUUUUUGCCCGACUGGUGCGUUUGAUUUUGACUCCCGCUUGUGCCUGAUUGUGUCCUGCUUUAAUUGCUCAAUGCAGAUCAAAUAAUCGGCUUGUCUGCUAACACAAAGGGUGAACAAAUCAAACGCCUGGGGCUCCAUAACAGCAGCUCCGGGACGGACAAACCUGUGCAUGUUGUUAGCUAGAAACGUCAAUUUUCCGCGCGUUUUAGCAGCCGUUCCUGCGAAAUAAAUAGAAGGUUUUGAGGAAUAGGAGACUAUCUUAUUGUCAGGGUAAUUAAACAGGUAAUGCGAGCAACUGAUGAAGUAUAAACCGUUUGAUCAUCUCCUCCCUAAAUGAUAGGAAGGCUUCAUAGACCAGAGGACAACAUAUUGCCUAAUAGAUCUGCAGCUCCUUUUUGUCAAUCAAAUAAACAGCAACCGAUGGCAACCAGUGCCAAGAGACCAUCCCUGCAGGGUCCUGUGCCACCUCCUCGCAAGAAGACGACCCCCAAACCAGAGCUGACCGAGGAGCAGAAGCAGGAGAUCAGGGAGGCCUUCGAGCUGUUUGACACCGAUGGAUCCGGAUACAUCGAUGUCAAGGAGCUGAAGGUUGCAAUGAGAGCUCUGGGGUUUGAACCAAAGAAAGAGGAGAUCAAGAAGAUGAUUGGCGACGUGGAUAAGGACGGCACAGGGAAAAUCUCUUUCGCUGACUUCCUCUCUGUCAUGACUCAGAAAAUGGCCGAGAAGGACUCCAAAGAGGAGAUCCUGAAAGCUUUCCGCCUGUUCGACGACGACGAGACGGGCAAGAUCUCAUUCAAGAAUCUGAAGAGAGUUGCCAAAGAGCUGGGAGAGAACCUCACAGAUGAAGAGCUGCAGGAAAUGAUAGAUGAAGCAGACAGGGAUGGAGAUGGAGAAGUCAACCAGCAGGAGUUCCUGCGCAUUAUGAAGAAAACCUGCCUGUACUGAAGGAAGUGCAUGACAUUGGGUUUGUUGAUGUGGAGGGGUCCAGUGGUGGUGUCACAUGUAAUGCUGCUCGUAUAUCUAAUUCACCUUUCCUUAUUAUUGUGUUUUUAUUUCCACUUAUAGUCAAUCAAAAGGUUUAACUGUCACAUACUGUCACUGGAAGAAAGUUGUAUAAGACUCGUGGUCAAUUGCCAAAAUAUCAUCCUCUGACUUACAUGAUAAUCUACAUUACAUUUGCCCAAAAAAACGAAAGAGAUCACUCUCUUUCCUGCUUGGAAUGCUGCAUACUUUCAUGAAGAAUACAUUUGUUGUAUUAAGGAUAAUAUGUAGGUUAUUCAUUGUCAAGAAAUCUCAGUGCCUAUGUCAAUACAGUGACAAACACAGUACAUUCCAAUGCUUUGAUUGAUGGUACAGUAUGCGCAUUAAAUUUGGUUUACACUGGCAACUCCGGUGUUUCAUGUUUUAGCUCGUGUAACCGCUGUCUCACCUCAGUGCUACCUGUGGAUUUGUGCCUCUUAAAACAGGUGAUUCCACUAUCUUUAAAAUAUGAUUGAUUGUGUAUGCAUUUUUCGUGUAGCAUUGAUUAUGUAUCCCUCUGUGUAUAACGAAUGUAUAAUAUACAAAAUACUCUGUAUUCUUGAAUGUUUUGUAAGAUGCAUAGUGACUUUAAUGAGUAGAUAAACAGCAUAUAAGUGUUUACGGUACAAAUUAAAUAUCUUGAAGCAG